AUGCAAGCCUGGGACUGAUGUUUUCUAAAAGUUAAGUGGUCCUAGAAGAAUUAGAACUGCAGGAUCAAAGUGUCAGAGGUGAUUCUUGCAGGAGAAAAUGAGCUGUGUGCACUCUCAUCUCAGAGAAAUACGAGUCCUGUUUCUUCUGACUUCUCAUACAACUUGUUUCCAGAUACCUGCUGACACUUUGCUGAGGCUGAAAUUUCAAAGGCGAAAAGCAGUUUUUUCUGUCCUGGGUUAUAAGGAGCAUAUUUUACUCUGAAAACAUUGCUGCUAAAAAACUCCGAACAGGAGGAGUAAAUCCAGUCAGCUUGUCAGGUCCCUGGCUCGGUGUAACGGUGCUUUCAUGAGGUGACAUUGGGCCAAAGUCAACUUUCCUUUCUCCUUUGUAAACCUGCAGCCAAGCAAUGGGCCAGAAAAUCUCAGGGAGCAUAAAGUCUGUGGAUGUGAGGGAGCCCCCUUAUAGGCCCGUGAAACGCGAGCUGAGAGGCCCGGAUUUCUGCAAGCCCGCGCGCCUGGACAUGCUGCUGGAUAUGCCCCCUGCCAAGCUGGAGGUGCAGUACAAACACGCUUGGAAUAACGAGGAUCGCUCGUUAAAUAUAUUUGUAAAGGAAGACGACAAACUGACUUUUCACAGACACCCGGUGGCCCAGAGCACGGAUUGCAUCCGGGGCAAGGUGGGCUACACGCGGGGCCUGCACGUGUGGCAGAUCCACUGGCCCACGCGGCAGCGGGGCACUCACGCCGUGGUGGGCGUCUCCACGGCCGAGGCGCCGCUGCACUCGGUGGGAUACACGUCCUUGGUUGGCAGCAACAGCGAAUCCUGGGGCUGGGAUCUGGGGCGCAACAAACUCUACCACAACUGUAAAAACCAGCCCGGGGUCACGUACCCCGUCUUUUUGGAACCAGAUGAGUCUUUUGUACUCCCAGACUCCUUACUGGUGGUUUUGGAUAUGGACGAAGGGACGCUUAGCUUCAUGGUCGACGGACAGUAUCUUGGAGUGGCCUUCAGAGGACUAAAAGGGAAAAAACUUUACCCUAUAGUCAGUGCAGUUUGGGGGCACUGUGAAAUUACAAUGAGAUACAUCAAUGGACUUGACCCGGAACCCCUGCCUUUAAUGGACUUGUGCCGAAGAUCAAUUCGUUUUGCUCUUGGCAGAGACCGCCUGCAUGACAUAGAAAUUCUACCUUUGCCUCUGUCUCUGAAAAAUUAUUUACAGUACCAAUAAGACAUCUAGAACCCUCUGGCCUCACAUUGGACUUCAUCAAUGCAAAUGGCAGAAAAUUGUUUACAGCAAAAUAUAAAUCUUUGUGAUGGACACUU